UAUAGUGUGAAGCGGUACUGGGGUGUAUUCGAGUGUGUACAGCAGUCGCUGAAAAACGCAAAGAGAAUGUUCAGAAAGCUUAUCACGUCCUUCGUCGCGGUUCUUGUUUUCACCCUCGCCUCGCUACUGUACACCGGAAUAUUUGACGCCCGCUCACUGAACAUGGACAUCGCAGAUCAGGCGGAGGAAACACCUGUAUUCUUAUCGAAUGAUUUCGUCACUGAAUUUCGUCGAGACAUCGCUGAAUUCUCGACUGCAACGGCGUCCUCUUCGCCCAAGACGGAGUUCCUUUUGACCUCUGCGGAGUUAGAGGACUCUGCCUUCGCCUCCAGUUCCUGCACAUGCUCACUCUCCUCCAUGAGGUAUGCGGAUCUAUAUGAGGAACAGCUGAGCUCUACCAUCCCGUGGAUCAACCUCACCACCAGACAGGCGCUGGAGAAGCAGCAUCCCAACUUCCCUGUCAAUUUGCUCAAAAACUUUGAUGAGAAGUGGUGUAGCCUAUUGCCUCUGCCCCAUCUGAUAAAGUGGCAUAAUAUCUACUUCCAGUCUAUGAAGGUCUCCGACACCACUUUCCUUCUCUACUCAGCAUUCUUUGAUAACCGGGAACUCACAGAUCUGCGGCCCUGUAUCCGGAUAGUGACGUACACAAGAACAAAAUUCCCCGACGUUCCCUGGUGUUACAUCUGGUUCAACUCUACGGGGCCGCCCGUCGUCUCUCGUGUCGCCAGGACAGAAUACUUGGACUGGCAGGCAAGGUCAGAGACGCGGCAGAUGACCUUCCUGCUGACGUGCCCGAUACCCAAGGCCGAGGGUCACACUGUGCCCCUGGCUGUGUCUGUCAUUGCCCGGCCUUGCAUGACAGCAGACACCUUAUUGCAGGUGACAGGAGCGAUGGAGCGAAACGCAACGACGGCUUUCGAGGGAGGUGAGCCGGCGAGGGGAAGAGCGAGGACGCCGGGGAAAGAAGGGGGCGGGCGGUGGCGCGUGGCGGUGUGCGGGCCGGCGCUGUACUACUUCCACGAGGACUUCUCCGUGCGGAUGGUGGAGUGGCUGGAGAUCCUGCGGGCGCAGGGCUUCGCCAGGGUGUUCCUCUCGGUGACCGACGUCCACCCGAACCUCGAGAGAGUCCUGCGCUACUACGAGGCCCGCGGCUUCGUCGGGAUGGUGCGCUUCGCCUACCCGGAGCCCUACGUCAACGAGCCCAGCAUCCGCAGGCUUUGGUUCAUGGUGGAGAAGCCGAGGAGAUACGCCAUGCAGAAAAUGUACUACACCGACUGCGCCCUCCGCCACAUGCACGAAUACCGCUUCAUCGCGCACUUCGAUCCCGACGAGAUCCCGAUGCUGCGCCGCCACGAUACCUUCCCGCAGUGGGUCUCCGAUCAGCUGAACAGCCGCCCCGUUAAGCCCGGCGACGAGAGGAAACAGCCUCCUGCCUACAAGUUGAUUUGGUACUACCACCAGAAAGACCUCGAACCUGCACCCUCUGCGGCGUCUCUCCCCGAGUACCUGUGGGCGAUGCGACACACCAAGAGGUCGCUGGAGGACAUGGCCGUGUCGACGGGGAAGACCAAACCCGUUUACGAUAUGGACCUAGCUACGGGUCUUUUCUCUCACGAUGUUCUCACUUGCGCUUAUGGAAAGUGCGAGGCAAAAUCCCGUACGCGCAAAAGAGAUGAAGCUUAUCUCGCGCACUUCAGGUACGACUGUGAAGAUUUCUGCAAGCAACCCAACUCCACCGCGGAAGAAACGAUUCUCCUGAAGUACAAGGACCAAGUUCUCCCUGCUGUUACGAAAGUUCUCAACGAGCUUCAGUUGAUUUAGUAUCUGUUUCUCAGGAAGGUCUCUUAGUUAUGCCGUUAAAGUAAUUAGGUUCGCAAUGCUUGUUGCAGCGAGGCAGUUUAGUUUCAUAUCAGGUGCUAAACAUUUGUAUAUAUAUUAUCCUUAUUUCGGUAUAUAUAUCUAAUGCACAUCCACACGUGUCGCAAAAUUGUGUUGGCAACGAAGUUUUCAUAAGAAAAAAAAAGUUGUCGAGUUGUUAUUUCGAACAGUGUCGCAGACUUACUCACGGCCACUCACAUACUGUAUUAACAUAUAUCAGAUAUGCACAAAUUCCCCGAACGUAGUGACUUUAAUUCAUAUCGAAAUGUCCACAAGAAAUGUGGAAAAAAUGUUUAGUCAACAUCCACUCCUUAUAAUCAUAAAAUCAAUUCAAGAAACAUCUCUCAAGAGGCCAAUUCCAUAGUGUAUUCCAGGACGAUCAGUCUAAUGCACCCUGAUUAACAGUUCUAUUUGCAUAAAAGUCAUUACAAAAGCAUAAAAUUGCACUCAGCGAGACUAUACCCCGAACAAAUAUUCCUUAUGAGGGUACUGUACAUUGUAAAUUUUUUGUUCAUUAAGUCAAAUAUGGAGCUAAAAUUUACCUAGUCCGAAAUAUAAUUGUCGUAUAUAUUGUGGCAGACACGUGUGGACGUGGACAAAAAUACAUCAUUCGAUACCCGUUGUCUUAACUGUUAUUUAUAGAGCCCAUAACCAACGUGGACAGUACAAAUUUAUGGAUGAGUAUCACAUCUGUUAUAAUUAAUAUUCUAUUUUGUUUAAAGUGGCAAGAUUUUUUUUUUUUUUAACACAGACUAAUAUAACCCAUGCAGCAAAAUGUUGUAGCUAUUGUAUUCUUUGUAUUUGUGUUCUGUUAGUUCUGACCAGUAGUGUAUUCUAUCGAAACCUGAGUUAGCACAACGGCCAUGAUAGUUGACUGUGUAGAGGUUCCGGUGUGACGUGAAUUUGUUUGCUUGCUACGAAUGUGACAAUUUUGGUUCCCUUAACCAAAUCAGAGUUAAUGAUCUACUUAGCAAGGAUCCACCUAUCUUCCUUACCUAUUAUUCCCCAUACAAGUUCAUUCUUAAUCCAGCCAUCCGUGUGUGGUUACAGAACAGCCGAAUCGUUACCCAAAAUACCAGUUAGACCUUUCAGCCAUUACUACCUGGCCGGGAACAUACUCGUUAUGGACCGGCGAUACAAGCAUUCUGUUUGUGCCGUGAUAUGAGAUCUUGUUUUGUCUGUAAAUACGUGUAAGUAGAUAUAUGACUGGUUAUGGCCGUACAUCUAUAUAAGGCUUCCAGUGGCUUAAAUUCCGGCUUUCCUCUUCCACAGCACCAUAGCCAUUGCGAGAAUAAAUAUGGUGCAUGCAAAUGUGUUUUCUGUAUUAUUGUUGUUAUUAUCAUUGUGUUUUGUUAUUGUUGUUGUUAUUUUUUAGAUCAAGCUAUUUCAUAUAGUAUCUUCUUUCUAUGUUUUUUUUUCUUUUUUAAAUAAAGACUAAGCUGGUAAGAAAUUGUUUUCGUCCCUUUAUUAGCAUUUAAUUAAUAUUUAAUUUGUUCACAAUUUAUUGUUACAUUUAACUGUGUCAUUUAUUUAUUCACGAUCCAUUCUUAACUAUUCAUUGUCGUUUCUCUAUCUAUUCUACGCUAUUGUUACAUUAUUAUUUUUAUUCUCAGUUACUUACCAGCUUUUUAUUUUUUAUCAAUUUAAGAAGAAUUACAAAGAAAUUAGAUGAGUAAUAGAAAUAAUUGAAGAAUGUAAUCAAUACAUGAAAUGCAAUCCCGAGACUAAAAAGAUACCAUAGGCCUAACCCCCCCCCCCCCCUUAAUUCAACUUAAAAGGUACUCUUCAUAUGGAGAAAAAGGGGGAGAAACAGACAAACAUAGAGCCUCAAAAUAACAAUAAUGAUAUUAAUGAUAAUAAUAAUAAUGAUAAUAAUAAUAAUAAUGAUAGUAAUAAUAAUAAUAAUAAUAAUAAUAAUAAUAACGAUAAUAAUGAUAAUAAUAAUAAUAAUAAUAAUAUUUAUAAUAAUAAAUUAAUCAUAAAAAAUACAAUAAAAAAUGUCGCGAAUACCAGGUGUCAGGAGACGUUUAUUGAGUCCAUGUUAUGUUAUUUUGUUAUAACCAAUUUUUUUUUUUUUUCAAUUAUUUAAUUUGUUUAAAUAUUAUUAUCAUUAUUGUUAUUGCUAUUGUUGUUCUUAUUGUUAUUUUUACCAUUACUAUUAUUAUUAUUUAUAUUAUUGUUGUCGUUAUCAUUAUUAUUAUUAUUCACAGGGUUCUAUUGAUUAUUUUCCGUUUAUGAAUUGGAUGCAUUUAUAAGAUGCCAUAUAAAAUCUGCAAUAAAAACAAAACAUCAACAAACACGGAUUUUGAGGCUAAACAAUCUGCUAAAUGUGACAUUUGCAGAAAAAUAAAAGAUAUAAAAGUGUUUUCAAUGUUGUUGUAGUGUCAAUGCAUAUAUUUUUUUCUCUCACCUUUUCCUUUCUCUAGGAUUUCGUUUCCUAUGAUUUAGCAUACAAAAUGCAGGAGUGUUUAUUACAAUAUACCUAAAAAAUAUAUGUCCUUUUUGGCUGCUGGUAAAAAAAUCUAAUUUAAUCUUGCACAGGUGCUCUAGUACCAGAUACCUCGUUAAAAUAAACACCAAAAAAGCAA